AGUGGCACUGAUGCCUCCCUCCUCCCUGCUCGCCCCCAGAUUCCCCUCCCCUCCCUGGUGCUUUUGUCUGGAGGGUGUUAUGGGUUUGUGUGUGUAUGAGCGCGUGUGUGUUUUUGGAUUUCAGACUAAUUUUCUGGAGUUUCUGCCCCUGCUCUGCGUCAGCCCUCACGUCACUUCGCCAGCAGUAGCAGAGGCGGCGGCGGCGGCUCCCGGAAUUGGGUUGGAGCAGGAGCCUCGCUGGCUGCUUCGCUCGCGCUCUACGCGCUCAGUCCCCGGCGGCAGCAGGAUCCUGGACCCAGGCGCCGCCGGCGGGCGUGAGGCGCCGGAGCCCGGCCUCGAGGUGCAUACCGGACCCCCAUUCGCGUCUAAUAAGGAGCCUGCACCCCAGAGAGUCCCGGGAGCGCCGCCGGUCGGUGCCCGGCGCCCCGGGCCAUGCAGCAACGGCCGCGGCGGAGCUCCGAGCGGCGGUAGCGCCCCCCUGUAAAGCGGUUCGCGAUGCCGGGGCCACUGUGAACCCUGCCGCCUGCCGGAAUACGCUCCGCUCCGGACCAGCUCAGCCUGUGAUACGCUGGACUCCGCGCGCCCGCAGCAAGCACCGAGGAGUCAAGAGAGCCGCAAGCGCGGGGAAGGCCUCCCCGCACAGGUCGGGGAAACCGGCCGGUGCAGCGUGGGGACACUCACUUGGGCUGGCACUGGCUGCUAGGGAUGUCGUCCUGGAUAAGGUGGCAUGGACCCGCCAUGGCGCGGCUCUGGGGCUUCUGCUGGCUGGUUGUGGGUUUCUGGAGGGCCGCUGUCGCUUGUCCCACGUCCUGCAAAUGCAGUGCCUCUCGGAUCUGGUGCAGCGACCCUUCUCCUGGCAUCGUGGCAUUUCCAAGGUUGGAACCUAACAGUGUAGAUCCUGAGAACAUCACCGAAAUUUUCAUCGCAAAUCAGAAAAGGUUAGAAAUCAUCAACGAAGAUGAUGUUGAAGCUUACGUGGGACUGAGAAAUCUGACAAUUGUGGAUUCUGGAUUAAAAUUUGUGGCUCAUAAAGCAUUUCUGAAAAACAGCAACCUGCAGCACAUCAAUUUUACCCGAAACAAGUUGACGAGUUUGUCUAGGAAACAUUUCCGUCACCUUGACUUGUCUGAACUGAUCCUGGUAGGCAAUCCAUUUACAUGCUCCUGUGACAUUAUGUGGAUCAAGACUCUCCAAGAGGCUAAAUCCAGUCCAGACACUCAGGAUUUGUACUGCCUGAAUGAAAGCAGCAAGAAUAUUCCCCUGGCAAACCUGCAGAUACCCAAUUGUGGUUUACCAUCUGCAAAUUUGGCCGCACCUAACCUCACUGUGGAGGAAGGAAAGUCUAUCACAUUAUCCUGUAGUGUGGCAGGCGAUCCGGUUCCUAAUAUGUAUUGGGAUGUUGGUAAUCUGGUUUCCAAACAUAUGAAUGAAACAAGCCACACACAGGGCUCCUUAAGGAUAACUAACAUUUCAUCCGAUGACAGUGGGAAGCAAAUCUCUUGUGUGGCAGAAAAUCUUGUAGGAGAAGAUCAAGAUUCUGUCAACCUCACUGUGCAUUUUGCACCAACUAUCACAUUUCUCGAAUCUCCAACCUCAGACCACCACUGGUGCAUUCCAUUCACUGUGAAAGGCAACCCCAAACCAGCGCUUCAGUGGUUCUAUAACGGGGCAAUAUUGAAUGAGUCCAAAUACAUCUGUACUAAAAUACAUGUUACCAAUCACACGGAGUACCACGGCUGCCUCCAGUUGGAUAAUCCCACUCACAUGAACAAUGGGGACUACACUCUAAUAGCCAAGAAUGAGUAUGGGAAGGAUGAGAAACAGAUUUCUGCUCACUUCAUGGGCUGGCCUGGAAUUGACGAUGGUGCAAACCCAAAUUAUCCUGAUGUAAUUUAUGAAGAUUAUGGAACUGCAGCGAAUGACAUCGGGGACACCACAAACAGAAGUAAUGAAAUCCCUUCCACAGACGUCACUGAUAAAACCGGUCGGGAACAUCUCUCGGUCUAUGCUGUGGUGGUGAUUGCGUCUGUGGUGGGAUUUUGCCUUUUGGUAAUGCUGUUUCUGCUUAAGUUGGCAAGACACUCCAAGUUUGGCAUGAAAGAUUUCUCAUGGUUUGGAUUUGGGAAAGUAAAAUCAAGACAAGGUGUUGGCCCAGCUUCCGUUAUCAGCAAUGAUGAUGACUCUGCCAGCCCACUCCAUCACAUCUCCAAUGGGAGUAACACCCCAUCUUCUUCAGAAGGUGGCCCAGAUGCUGUCAUUAUUGGAAUGACCAAGAUCCCUGUCAUUGAAAAUCCCCAGUACUUUGGCAUUACCAACAGUCAGCUCAAGCCAGACACAUGGCCCAGAGGUUCCCCCAAGACCGCCUGAUAAUAAUUUGGUAUUUGGAGGCUCCUGUGUCACUGCAGGAACUAAAGGAGGCUAAAUCCAUGCCUGAUGGAGGAGAAGAGUUCUAUGGUUAUCUGCAAAUUCUGGCCAGACAAGAUCUUGACGUCACUCCUUAGCUUCCAUAACCUAGCCAAGCAAGAAGUUGCCUUUCCAAGACAAAGCAGUGUGCUCUAAUGACUAACCCCUCAAAGUACUCUGCCACUUUAACUAUAGACCCAUCUCCUCGAUCAAUCAGGAUGGCAAGAUGGAGCUGAGGAGCUCAGCAACAUCAAGUCUGGAGUUGGUCUUUAAUUCAACUAGCUUGUUUAGACGUGUCUGAACACCACGUCACCUGACAGCACGGGGUGGUUUCCCAGUAAAAUUCACAAACUCGGCUCAAGGGCAGCUGUGUGCUGCUUUCCUUUCCUUGCCUGCUGAGAAAGGUUUUGACAGGGAACAAUGGAAACACACCUUCUGAGCCGAAACAAACCAACAGAAACAAAACACACUAACCAGCAAAAACCCCAAAUCAUCAGUCUUGGGUUCUCUCGAAGGGUGGGAGUGCGUCUUAUCUUCUCCCGUCGGAGCAAACACGAUAGAUGUCCUCCCUAAAAUUGUGUCUUCCCUAGAGCAGCCUUGUAAAUUAGCUAGGGUCCUAGGCUUGAGGCCUAAAUCGACUUAAAAUUGUCUCUAAAUAUGGACCUGGAUGUGUUUGUACUUGCAGAGCAUGCCCUCUUCAUGUGCCUAGGGCUAGGAACUCCCUGUGGCAGAGGCAUAUAAAGUAUUCUGACAUUUUUUUUUCUUUUCAAUUUAAUUCCAUUUCCAAUGAAAUGGAUUUUUAAAAAUUUUCUCCAGAGUGUGCCAUACUUCUCCAGCUAUUGUAGUUAAUGUGCGUGUUUCCUUGUGUGUAUGUGUGUUUGUGUGCGCGUAUGUGUUUUCCUAGUGGUCACAUGCUUGUUAGGCAAUUAUGUAGAUAAGCACAGAUUCAUAGACCAGCUAGACCUGAGGAAAGAAGACCUUAUAAAGGGAGGGAGUAUUUUAACAGUAGCUAAAGCUAUCACACAAAGCACCCAUUCUGCUCCCCUCAAUAGCCACAGCCCACUUCGUCAUUGUCUUACCAAUAAGGGGAAAGGAUGUAGGUGAUAUUUUUCACAGAACCACAGAGGUUUUGAACAUAUUUGCAGUAUUACUUUGAGUACACAUGAGCAAAAAUUCUGAAUUAUAUCCAGGACCCAGAAGCUUAUUAGAUCAAAGAGUGUGGGGCCCUUCAGAGUUACCGGAGAUUAUCUUCAGACUUCAGUGCAAUCGAAUGACCAUGGUCCAUUUUGAUGGUUAGAGAUAGGACUGAUAAACGGGUAGAAACAAUUGCUUUAGCACUUUCUUCUGUACUUUGCCUAUUAAUGUUUUGUCUUUCAAAAGUAUAUUUUCUUCUAAUUGUUUAAUUGGCCAAAUAAUGACUGCUUUGGGAGUUGUUUGUAUGCCUUGGACGGCCAUGGCCUGCACUUUAAAAAUAAGCUAAGUCCAUUCUGCCCAGCAUGAGCAUUAGGACAGAGAAUGCAGUUAUUUUAGGAUCCUUAAAAAUUGCUUCUUUUAUGGCACACUGGGUUGACGACUCAUCUCAUGGGAACCUUCAUGGUACGUUGCUGCUGUUUUGGAGGUCCCAGUACAAUUCUUUCCCCCUCUCAGUGCCAUGGCCCCCCCAUUGCUAGCUACAACAAUUUGAUAUCAUAUUCCAUUUUCAACUCCAAAGGAGAUGGUAAGAAGCUAUCAAAUAAUGCUUUAAAAAAGCAACUUCAGUUUCUUAAAAGAAAGGAAAUGAAUACAUGCUGCAUAAUUACAUUUAAAAUGUAAGCCUUGUUAUUAUAAGCUGCACCGAGAUGAAGAUUUGUUAGCAAACCAAUUUCAAGCACACUCACAGUGAAGUAAAAUCAUGCUUUUAGCAUCUGACCAUUGGGUGAUAUUAUUCUUUGUUAUCAAAAAAGAAAGAUCACCUGAUUAUAGUAUUCUUAGACCUCCUAGAGAAAACACUCCAGUUCUAAGUUUGGUGUCUGAAAAAAAAACAAAAAUAAAGGUUAUGGAUUUAGGUCAGGGAGACACUCAGAGUGAUAAUCUGAAGACUGCGUUUACUCCCUCAUCAUCAGCCAACCAAGAUGGAGUUCUGCAUCCUGCACAUAUCAGACAUUUCAGUCCAAUUUCACCAAAGCAUCAGUGAUGUUCUAGAAGCAUCCCAGCAGAUGGAGGAUCCUAAUGUAUUUGUUCUGGGUAUUUCCCAAGGCCCAGCCUGACUGGAGUGUGUGUACCAACAGGAUGAAUCCAAUCAAGCUAUGCCCCCAUUUUGGUCUUGGGUUGGUCACUCUCGCAUGUGCCAGCAGAUUGUGGACCAGGACCAGCUCAGCAGACACAGUUGCAGAGUAACCUCCUACAUUGCUAAGAAGCUCCUGCUACCCAGGUGCUUUGAACAAUUGAGUGCUCCCUCUGGUUAAGUAGAGAUGGGACCACUGGAGUUUUUCUUGGAUGUGAUGCUCAAUCCUUUAUGGCAGCUGUUAUAACAAAGUGCAGGUUUCCUCCCUGGGAAGUGCAGCUUUUCUCUGUCUUUACUAAUUCUGCCAGCCUGUGAGAGUAACCACCAUAGCUGGGCUUCUUCUCAGAUUGUCAUGCCAGGUCUCCUUGCUGGGGAGCUGUGAUGCUGCUCUGAGGUUGAUCGCUGAGGUUGUAGUGGGUUUUUGUUUAGUUUUUCUGGAUUGUUCUUCUUUCUCUUGAAUGGCAAGAGAAGAAACAUUUUCUCUAACCCACGGCCAGGAAGGAAAUGGGGAUAGAGCUACUUCUUAGUUCAACCUGGUUGCCACGUAAAGGAAUCUCUCUCCUUGGACUCAGCCCCUAACUGGAAGCAAGAGCCUCUGCCUCCUGAGACUGAGAGAGCAGCCCAAGGAGGAGAUGAAUCCAUUCUGUCCUUUGUUUGGGUUUGCUUCCUGUCAGUGAGAGAAUGCUGAGGCAGUUCCUGAUAUGUGAAACUUUCAUUUUUAAAACCAGGACAGUCCUAAACAGACCGCAAUGCGUUGGUCAAUCCCAGUUGGUAUAGGCCCAAUGAUUUUUGCUAGUAAGAUAGAAUCGUCUUCCUCACCCAAAAUGCUUUUAAGUGCCCUAAAAUGGGUAUUUCAAAACAAAAAUAAAUAAUACAGAUUAUAGUAGAAAACCUGGAAAACAUAAGAAACAAAGAUGAAAUGAAAAGUCCCAUGUAAUUCCACCAGUUAGAGUUAACCACUGACAUCAUUUGGAUAUAUGGCUUUCUACUCUUGUGGGUAUCCUUUUAAUCUCUUGUAAUAUAAAGUCUGACCAUAUGUGUCCUUGCCUUUAUUUGUACUGGAGUCUGUUAAUAUAUUUAUAGUAAUGGCUCCCUUUGGGGUGAUUGUGCCACACAGUGUGUAGGAAGCACAUUGGGUGUAUUAUUCCCAGUUUCAUAUUUUGUAUUUCCUUGGGGAUGUGCAGGGGUUAAGAGCGGGGGUCUGGCCGUAACUGGCCACGUCAGACUCUCAUAUGGUAAGUAUCACAGAGCACACGAGGCCUGUGUUAUGCGCUGGAAAGACUCAGGAAAUGAGAGGCCCUCUUGUUCUGACAAGGCAGGCUGAGAGCACUCAUUUAGGGUCAUCACUCCAGAUAACUCUACAUGCGGUUUAUUGCUCAACUGAAGCAGAUGAUCACUUUUUGCCUCCAAGUUCUUCACCCUAGCUAGCUCUUUUCAAAGAGCUGAGUGUGCUGGAUCUUAAAGGGCCAAGCUAGUUACAUCUCAUACAUUUCCCAAUAUUUAGGGAUGCCUUCUCUUCCACUGAGGAUCCCUUGGCUAUGCAAGGACCUCUGAUGAGCCGGAGUCUCCCUUUGGUCACUCCCAGCUUUGCUUAAACUUGAUGGAGUUUGCUGUCCAGUGAUCCCCGGAUCUUUCAUCAUGAAAGCCUUCCUUCCUCUCCUGAUGUCUGAGGCCUCUAGAUCUAGACUGGGGUUCUGGCAAGGAGGCUUCUAUCAAUAGUAUGAAAUCCAAUAAUAUGUUAGUGUUGGUAUUUUGCACAGUAAUAUUAAGGCUAGAUUCUAAAAAUGAGUUCAAAUGAAUAAGUUUCUGUGAUGUAAGAGAUUAGAUAUGUGUGAUUUCAGAACCAAAGGCAGGGGGGAAUCCCAGAAAGAAAACAAUAAUAUAAGCCUAGUUUCUAUAUAUUAUUCUUAUUCAUUACUGUAUAUGGGUAGACAUCAAUAUUCUUUUUUAUCCUGUUACUAUUAAUGAACACAUUUUUUAACCAUGCCAUUGAACUUUUGGGUGCAAUAAAGUGGAACCUAAGCUCCUCAUUACAUAAUAAUGGCAUUUGGACUGAGUGCCAUAUUCCUAAAUUUCCAGUAAAGUGGUUGAUACAGAGAGGACAGGAUAAAGCCCUAUAGUGUGCAGUUAUAUCAAAAUAGCUAGUGUCCACUUUAGGGAAUGUCUUUACUAGAGAUUACAUGAAAGGUCUGCUUAUAAAAUAAGCAGAUAUGGCACCACUAAGCAGCCACCUGAAUUGUUUUCCUACAGGAAUGAUUAAUGUUCAGAUCCAUUUAUGUUUUCGUGCUCAAUACUUACUCCCCUUCCCUGCAACACCCAAAGGGUUUAGUUUUGAAGUCAUUUGGUCUUCACUCUACUACUGAGGAAUAGAGAGGCACUAACUGCUUUACCCAGGGUCAGAACUCAUGUUCUUACCUUCUAUUAAUAGAGUACUUGAGUCAGAUGGACUAACUGGUCUCACAUUUUCUCUAUCUUGGUUUUACCUCCAUAAACAUCAAUAUCUUUACCCACGUGGUUUUUCUCUCCUCCCCUUUUUUCCGUAUGUAUUAGGGUUCAGGAACUAUGAAGCUAAUGAUCACAUUUCUUCCUAGUUCCUAAUUUCAUUAGUGCCAUUUCCUAAUAUCUACAGAAACAAUGAUCAAUACAUGUAGCUGCUUGAGCCUCAUUUAGAAGGGUAGCCUUUCUUCCCCAAGUGUUGUCAGAAUGAAUACAUUUAGUCUGUCUUUUUCCCUCUUAGGAGUCUUUGUUUUGAGUUGAUGGUAAAAUUCCUCUAUUUACAUGUGAGAUUUUUGAUUUCACUGAAUUCUACCUAGAUUUUUAUGGACAUUGGAUUUGAAAGAGGAAAACACUCGUUUUCUUAGUAAGAUAUUGGUGAUACGUAGCUACGCCGCUGACUUCCAAACUCCUGGGCUUUGGGGAGGGCGACAGCGGCCAAGUAGCAGGCAGAAUAAGAUCAUCACUCAUGUCCUGAAUCACACUUUCCCUCUCGGGUUGUGUAUAUGCUCUGCCACUUCCUACAUAUUACAUCCUGAAUUUUUAAGUAAAGUGGAUCUUAGCCAGAUUUGAGUCUAAUGGCUGAUUCAUCGGCAUAGUUCUUGGCGUUAACAUCUCAGUGCCCUCUUUUGUUCUCUUUGAGAGGAUUCAUGUCAUUGAGGGCCUUUGUGCCUCCUGUUGUCUCGGUGUGAGGAAGAGCUUUGGUGUGAGGGCAGAGCUAUGUAAAGGGUUGCUGGGUUGGGGGAUUAGUUCAUAUGGUCCCCACACCAUCUAUCUACUUUUGGAGAGAGGGGACUUUGAGUGGGUGGGUAUGGAUUGAUGUUCCUCAAGGAAACCCUGCUGGCUAAUGGGCACUACAUCUGUGUAUUACUGUGAUUAUCUCUGUAAGCUCCCCAUGUGGCCAAGGACCCUCCUCCUACCUGGGCACUUCCUGCUGCCUUGUUGCCCUGGUCUCAGCCGUUCAGCCCGCUGCUGCUCCACCAUGUUGGGCUGCGGUAGGAUAGGGAAGGGGUUCUGUUGAUUGCUAAAUGUUGCCUAAUUUUAUUUCCCUCUUCCACAUUUCACGCAAGAGAGUGGACCUAACACAUGACUUGCGUUCUCUUCCUAUGUUCAGAAACUCCAGGGCUUGCCACGUGUAUGUAUGAGUGACCGAUGGAACUUGGAAUUCUUUAUCUAUAUGAUCUAUCCGAAAAUGAGACUUUUGUACUGGAAUUUGUGAUGUAGUUGAUCAUUCAGAGCCAAACGCAUAUACCAAUAAAGACAAGAGUGUCAUAU